AUGGCGAACCCACUCGACACCGAUGCGGGCUCCGAGCUUUUUAGCACCUACGAAGCCGAGUUGAAACUCGUCCAGGCAGACGUGAAUCAGAAGUUGGACCAAAUCCCCGAACUCACGGGGGAGGAGAGAAAGGUUGCGAUACGAGCCGCGGAGAGGGCUCUUGAUGAGGCCAAGGAGUUGCUUGACCAGAUGAACCUGGAGAAAUCCAACAUCCCGACCUCCCAGCGGAGCAAAGUGAACUCGCGCUUCCGCAACCACCAGUCCGAUAUCGAUACCCUGGCACGAAAACUGAAAUCGCUCGCCGAAUCCGAGCGGAAACAACUCUUCGGCGACAGGUACACAGACGACCCAGAAGGGGGCCCAAGAGAUGCGCAGCUUGAACAGCGCCAGCAGCUCCUCUCGGGCACAGAGCGACUAGGACGGAGUUCCGACCGGUUAAGAGAGUCGCAACGGAUAGCGCUCGAGACGGAGCAGAUUGGAGCGUCUACACUGGCAGAUCUACACCAACAGAGGAAUGUGAUUGAAAACACACACCGAAAUCUAUUGCAGAGCGAGGGCUACGUGGAUCGAAGUGUGAAGACGCUUCGCGGGAUGGCGCGCAGGUAA